AUAUUCGCAUACAACCAGCUCAUACACUUAUACUCCAAACAUGGCCUCAUCAAAGACGCCUGCAGCAAGCUGUUCGACGAAAUGCCUGACCGAAACGUCUUCACUUGGAACGCCAUAAUCUCCGCCCAUAUUAAGUCCAACAACCUUGAUCACUCCGAACUUCUAUUCAACACAGCCCCAUAUAAAGAUUCAGUGACAUACAAUUCAAUGUUGUCAGGGUAUGCAAACAGUGCGGGAUAUGAAACAAAGGCGAUUAAUUUGUUUAAGCAGAUGCAUUCUGUGAGGCAUGAAGCGCGUGUUGAUGAGUUUUCGCUUACUAGAAUGUGUAACUUGACAACAAAGUUGGGGAAUUCGUGGUACGGGAAGCAACUCCAUUCGUUUAUGGUGAAAACUGGGAAUGAUAUAAGUGGGUUCGCAGUAAGUGCGUUAGUCAAUAUGUAUUCGAAAAGAGGGUGCUUUGAUGAAGUUUAUAACGCGUUUAACGGCUGCAGUUACGGGUCUGUUGAUGUGGUUUCGAAAAACGCAGUCGUUGCUGCGUGUUGCAAAGAAGGAAAAGUAGAUAUGGUGAUGGAGAUUUUCUCGAAUCAGGCCGAGUUAAACGAUGUGGUUUCUUGGAAUACGAUGAUCGCGGGUUAUGCACAAUACGGGUAUGAUAAAAACGCUAUUGAAGUAGCUCGUUGUAUGGAGCGAAACGGGUUUAGAUGGAAUGCGCACACGUUCACUAGCGUGUUAAACGCGUGUUCGACUUUAAAAUGUUUGAAAUUGGGGAAAGAACUUCAUGCCAGAAUGUUGAAACAGAUGAUAAACUUGAAUUCGAAUCCUUUUGUUAGUAGCGGGAUUGUUGAUGUUUAUUGCAAAUGUGGCAACAUGAAGUAUGCGGAAUUAAUUCAUUCGCGAAUCUGUGUCGAUAAUAUGUUCUCCACCACAUCGAUGAUUGUUGGUUACUCUUCACAACAGAACAUGUCACAAGCGCGACGGAUGUUUGAUUCGUUAAAAUCGAAGAAUUCGGUUGUCUGGUCUGCGAUGUUUUCGGGUUAUUUAAACUGCAAUUCUUGUGAAAAUGUGUUUGAA